CAGAAGACUACACAGUACACAGAAGCGUUCUACGUCACACCAGCCACGCACAGCAAAUAACAUCUACAGAGACGGUUUAUCACUAGUAACCGGUGGGCGGCAGCAGUGCUUCAUCAGCGCUGUAGGCUGCCUCCGAGUCUGUGUAGGAAGAAGAAGAACGUAGAGGGUAAACUGGGAGGUGGUGUCCAUCUUAUUUACACCGGUGAGAUUGCUACAUUUUCGAUCUGUCGGAUUUUUUAAGGAGUAAAAAAAUAAAAAGCCUGGUCUUCAGAGAUGAGCAGUUCAGAGGAAGUGUCAUGGAUCUCCUGGUUCUGUGGACUUAGGGGAAAUGAGUUUUUCUGUGAGGUGGAUGAAGACUACAUCCAGGACAAGUUCAACCUGACAGGGCUCAAUGAGCAGGUCCCUCACUACCGCCAGGCCCUAGACAUGAUCCUGGACCUUGAACCAGAUGAAGAGCUGGAGGACAAUCCCAACCAGAGUGACCUGAUCGAGCAGGCAGCUGAGAUGCUGUACGGCCUCAUCCACGCACGCUACAUCCUCACUAACCGAGGCAUCGCACAGAUGUUGGAGAAGUAUCAACAGGGAGAUUUUGGCUAUUGCCCCCGGGUCUAUUGUGAGAAUCAGCCUAUGCUUCCUAUCGGUCUGUCAGACAUCCCAGGAGAGGCCAUGGUGAAGCUGUACUGUCCUAAAUGUAUGGACGUCUACACACCCAAGUCCUCCAGGCACCACCACACAGAUGGAGCCUAUUUUGGCACCGGCUUCCCCCACAUGCUCUUCAUGGUUCACCCUGAGUACAGGCCCAAGAGGCCCGCCAACCAGUUUGUCCCAAGGCUGUACGGGUUCAAGAUCCAUCCCAUGGCCUACCAGCUGCAGCUGCAAGCCGCCUCCAGCUUCAAGAGCCCCGUCAAGGCCAUCCGCUAGAGCGCCCUGGACAGAGGAGAUGGAGGAGGAAGAUUCUUAGAGAGAGAAGACAGGAAAGAAUUACCAUCAAAAGGGGAGGGGUCACCUGCAUUUUACAAAGCUUUUCAGGUGCCCCCUUCCUAACCCUGAAGACUGUAUUAUUUUGGUUUAGAUUAGGGCAAGCGAAAAAGUGUAAAGAUUUUUGAGUGUGAGGGAGACAUAAAAACACACAGCCAUGAUCUUAAUCACAAACAAUCACACACACACACACACACACACACACACACACACACACACAAACACAAACACACACACACACACACACACACAAACACAAACAAACGCUCAUACCUACAUAAAUGCAUCCACACACUUGGGAUUCCAUGCAUGUACCUUACCAAACUCAUCAGUGCCAAAAACAGGAAGUGAGGUAAGAGGAAGCUGAACAAUCCAGGGCUUCUUGCUGCUGCUGUUCACAAGCACACUGAUGAUGAAAUGAUAUAAUCAGUGGGACACUACAGGGAACUUUUCCUCGUAGAAGAGGUUUUAUGUCCAGGGCUGUUGGACGGAAAGCUAAAAGUGCAACGGCUGAGUCAGCUUUCACCUCUGUCUCUGCGUUUGUUCUGUAUUUGGCACAGUUUGGUAAAGGGUGGUGGUAAACCCUCCUUCAUUGGAAGACUCCUUUUUCCCUCCCCCCUCCCCCCCAAUGCAUGUACACAGGCUGGCACUCGCAGAGACAGUUUAGAUGGUGGGUGUCUUUCUGUAUGACUCGUUUGAAAGAUUUUGGUUACCGGUUUGUCUGAUAUUUUGUGGUGGUGUUGCACAAAGCUUUCUGUUAAAAUUUGCCUUAAGAGUCAGAGAACAUAGAUUGUUUUUUGUUUUACAAGAGACACAAGCAACAUUUUUAUUUUUAUUUUCUGCUGUUAGAGGAGGUUAAGUAGAAAAAGAUUUAACUAACAUGAAUUUUGAAUCAUUCAGACAAUUGUAACCAGCCUGCGUCAUUUCUCCAGCUGUCUGUGCGCGUGUCAAACAACUGUCUGUAUUGGUCCUGAAGUAAAAAUAUAACCUGUGCUACAUUUUUCUGAGACAUGUCCCCUCCUGCAGCAGUCGACUUAGCUGUGUUUGUAUUAUUACCCACUUUCCCUCAUAGCCUCGUCUUCCUUAAAGAAAUAGUUUGACAUUUUGGGUAAUCACAUAUUUGCUUCUAGGCAGAGAGUAGAUCAGAAGACUAGCUAGCGGCUGGUUAACUUUACUUAACAUAGUUAUUGGUAAUGGGAAAACAGCUAGCCUGGCUAGUUCUGUUUUAUGGUAACCAAAUUCCACAGGGUUACAGAGGGUUGUGUGCUGGUUAGCAGUUGCUAGGCAACCAUUUUAUAAUUCCAGGAAGUUACUAGUCCCAGCCAAGACCGGGCUGUAACACCACAACCAGUCGUUUUUACACUUUAACACUUGUACAGAUUAAACAAACAAAAUAUAAAGUAUUAAUUAGUUAGCUAUAGAGCUGCUUCUAGUAGCUAAAGAUCACUAAUUAACACACAUCUUGUUUAAUCGGUACAAAAAUGCAAAUGACAAUUCGCCAUUUUGGAGGGGCUUGGAGCUGAUUAGCAGUUGAUGGGCAACCAGUAGUGACUCCAGGAAGUUACUGGUCCCUGCAAAGAAAUAGUCCGGCCCAUGAAAAAAAAGCAAAACAAUUUUUACACUUUUUUUGUACGUAUUAAACAAACACAACUUGUUCAAUAGUGCGCUUCAGAGAUGUUGGUAGGUCGAUUUUAAUACCAUUGGAGCCAGACUAGCUGUUUUCACCUGUUUUUAGUAUUUUUGCUAAGCUUAGCUGACUGGCUACUGGUGGUAGCUUUAUAUUUAACAUACAGAUAUGAGAGGGGUGUCUGUCUGGUCAUCUAACUCUGCCUAAAUGCAAAUAUUUCCCAAAAUGUCAAACUAUUCCUGUGAAGAUCAAGGAGGAGAAAGAGGAAUUUAGACAAUCUGAAUCCUUCAGUUCACUCCACUACUUCACUGAUCCUACUGGUGUCUCUCCACAGCACAGUCUCAUUAUUUAUGUUCAGGGUUAGAGAUAGACCGACCACCAGCCGCUUAUUUCUUUUGUUUCUGAAGCAAUGGGGCAGAUACUCAGCUGCCCUUUCGUCACUCCCUCCCCUCUUUAAGUUUGUGUGACUGGAAUAGAUUGUUUUUGGAUUUCAUGAUACAAGAGAAGCGGUAUUUAUGUGUCCAGAUUUUAACUGAUGACUGUCUGUGUUAUUGUUGUCUUUCUGCUACUGUGGAAGGGUGAGCAGGAUUCAGAAUUCUCAAUAAACUUCUAUUUUCUUUUCAUA